AUGGAUUUUAUUGACAAUAAAAUCACAAAUAAGGAAUACGAUUAUGAAUCACUACCAAAGCUCAGCAGUCACGAUAAUGAGGAGGAAAUUGUUGAUAAGAAGAAGGAAGUAAACUAUUUCGAGCCAAUUCCUCAUGAUCACAACUUAUGUGAACGGGUAGUUAUUAAUAUUUCGGGUCUCAAGUUUGAAACACAACUGCGUACAUUAAAUCAAUUUCCAGAGACUCUUUUAGGCGAUCCGUCCCGAAGGAUUCGCUACUUUGAUCCUCUGAGAAAUGAAUAUUUCUUCGAUCGUAACCGUCCCAGUUUUGAUGCCAUUUUAUACUAUUAUCAGAGUGGUGGUCGACUUCGCCGUCCUGUAAAUGUCCCAUUAGAUACAUUUAGUGAAGAACUAACAUUUUAUGAAUUAGGUGAACAAGCAAUUAAUAAAUUUAGAGAAGACGAAGGUUUCGUGAAAGAAGAAGAGCACCUGAUGCCUACAGAUGAGUUUCAGAGACAAGUUUGGUUGCUUUUUGAACAUCCAGAUAGCUCGAUGGCUGCUCGAAUUGUCGCCAUUGUCAGUGUUUUCGUGAUUCUCACAUCAAUUGUCAUCUUUUGUCUCGAGACGAUGCCGAAGUUUAAGCAUUAUAAGAUUCAAGCGAUGAACAUGUUCAAGACAGAUCGAAAGUCCAUGGGAAUUGAGGAGGAUGAAGUACCAAAUUUGUAUGAUCCAUUUUUUAUCAUUGAGACAGCUUGCAUUGUGUGGUUCACGAUUGAGUAUCUUGUCAGGCUCCUGUCAUGCCCAGUAAAACGGUCUUUUAUCUGUGACAUGAUGAACAUCAUCGACAUAAUUGCCAUCAUUCCAUAUUUUAUCACACUCGGUACAGUCAUGGCUGAAGAUGAAAACUUACUUUUACUUCCAAUGGCUCCAAUCGGUGAUAAACUUUCUAAUCAAGCUAUGUCACUGGCCAUCUUUCGUGUUAUCCGUCUUGUUCGUGUUUUUCGUAUCUUCAAGCUGUCAAGGCAUUCAAAAGGUUUGCAAAUUCUUGGACGAACACUGAAAGCUUCGAUGAGGGAGUUGGGGUUGCUGAUCUUCUUCUUGUUCAUUAGUGUCGUCCUCUUCUCAUCUGCUGUCUACUUUGCCGAAGCUGGCAGUGAAAGCUCACAAUUUAAAUCAAUUCCAGACUCAUUUUGGUGGGCUGUAGUGACAAUUACAACUGUCGGUUACGGAGAUAUGGCACCAAUCGGUUCACUCGGAAAGAUUGUUGGUGCUUUGUGUGCUAUUGCUGGUGUCCUAACGAUUUCGCUUCCAGUUCCUGUUAUUGUCAGUAAUUUUACGUACUUUUAUCAUUUGGAAACCGAUCAAGAGGACAUGCAGAGUCAGAACUUUAAUCAUGUCACGAGCUGCUCGUAUUUGCCUGGAGUGCUUAUCCACAAAAUGCGCACUGAGAAUCCUCAACCACAGACACCAUCAGAAUCGGACACAAUGGAGACAACAUCAGGUGUUAUGAGUGAUCACACGCAUCUACUGCCUCUACUGAGAUCCUUUAGUGAUCAUACAAAAGAAGAGAAUAUAGCAGCAAGUGCUGGCUGCAGUAGCAUCAAAAAAGACAUUAAUAUUGACGAUAAGGACAACAAGCAUCUAGUCAUCGACAACCAAACAUAUCAGAAUGAGGACGAGAGUUGUGAUGAUGAUUUUAAGUAUCCAAAUAUUAGAGUUAUUAACGAAACUGAUGUUUAA